GAUGAGGCACGGGACUCUGCCCAGGUCAACAAGGCACUGCAAGAUGCUGCCUCGAGAGGGCAGGAGGCCAAGACGAGGGUGGCCCUCCUGGCGGGCGCAAACCCCGAAACGCCAUUCCGCAACGUCCCCAUCCUCCACACCGUAGCGUCCAUGGACUACGUGGCGGUGGGCACGGCCCUCAUCGAGGCGGGCGUGAACGUGGACUCCAAGGACACCAUGGACGGAUCCACUUCCCUGCACAAAGCCUCAGGCUGGGGCAACAUCGAUUUCGUGGCUCUGCUCAUCUCGGCGGGCGCCAACAGCACAAUAAGGAACAACGAUGGCAGGACGGCCCGGAGCAUGGCGUGCGAAUUCAACAUGGCGAACCCAAAAUGCCCGGGGGCGGAGAUCGUCCAACUCCUCGAUGCGCUUUAA